AAAAUCCAGAGUUUGGGAAGUCCAAAGCACGCGGGUGAGAUUGGGCGCAGUCAAGCGCUAAUGCCAUUCCAUCCACCCAUCGAUUAGUCCAUCUACGAGGGCGUUUCUAAUUGUGUAUGUCUGACUUACAUGCUAGCUCUUGCUAUCUGGGCAUACGCCUCUUUUUGCGGCCUGCUGAAGGUGACUGUUGGUUGGCUAUUUUUAGCAAAGUCUCGCUCGUUAACCAACCUUCUCCUCUCUUGUUAUUGAUUCUUUCAUCAUUCUCGAGAAGCGCUUAUUCUCUAAGUAUUCCGGGAUUUAUUGGCAAUUUCUUUUCUAGCGACAACAUUUUGGUAAGUUUUAUGUCACUUCAACUUGUUAGAAAAUCUAAUUUCAUAUUAGCCGAUAGGAUUGUAAGGUUAUUACUUCAGUUAUAUCGACAAAAGUACGAUAAUUCAUCUAAAUACGCUUUAUUGAAUGAAUAA